GUCUUAUUAGCCACUAUAUUUUCAUGUGGUCAUGUACAAUACCUUAGCUUUUUCACGAGCCAAUACCAACCUCCAAUUCAUAAUAUCCAACCCAAAACACCAUCAAAUUAUCAAUGUCCACUACACCAACAUUGCCCUUACCUCCUAUUGCAUGAAGAAAAAUGGUAGGUUCAAAGACAUCUUCUCUUCUACUUUUACUUAUCAUCAUCAUCCUUUUCUUCUUCAAUAUUGUCUCAUCUCAUAGGGUCCCAUGCCUUCCAGCGAAGCCGCCGGCCAAGUGUACAAAAGACACUCUCAAGUUUGGUGUUUGUGGUGAAUGGUUGGGAUUGGUGACUGAAGUCAUUGGGACUAAACCUAAUCCCCAAUGUUGUACAGUGGUGAAAGGUUUGGCUGACCUCGAAGCUGCAUUGUGUUUAUGUACUGCAAUUAAGGCCAAUGUGUUGGGUGUUGUCAAGCUUGAAGUCCCCAUUGCUCUUAGUUUGGUCAUUAAUGGGUGUGGAAAGAAGGUUCCAGAAGGAUUUGUAUGUGCAUAGAUGAUGUGCAUGUGUAUGUGUGUGUGUGUGUGUGUGUGUGAGAGAGAGAGAGAGAGAGAGAGAGAGAGAGAGAGAGUAUGAUUGUGUGUUGGUGAGUGAUAUGAAUGUAUUUAUAAUGUGGUGGUUAAUGAUUGUUCAUCAAUGGAAAACAAGAUUGAGUCUGGCUCUCAUUGUUUA